AAACAGAUUAUGUGGUGGAAAGCACGUUGACAAUGAAUGAAGAUCUUUUCGCUACCAAAUACAAGGACAAGCUAGAACCAACUUAUAAGGGAUUGAUUUAUGAAGUGUUUACAAUGGUAUUGAGAGGCUUAUCAGGCACAAAACUCACAACUCCCGGAAAAUUCCGUAGCUGUCAAGACGGUUACGCUGUGAAGUCAUCGUUAAAAGCCGAAGAUGGCGUUCUUUAUCCGCUUGAAAAGAGCUUUUUCUUCUUACCAAAACCACCUACUCUUAUUCUAUACGAUGAGAUGGCAAAAUAUUCCAAGUGCAAGCUGGAAUUCAGCAAGUGUCAAAGGAAGGAUAUAGGGUAUGUUUGGCAAAAGUAUUUGGUCGCAAAAGAAGAAUUCGGUGAUGAAGAGGUGAACUGUGAAUCUUCACCGGAACAGGCUGCAAAUUUUUUAUUUUGGUUUCACUCGAUCCACUUUAGAUGAAGAAAGCCAAGAAUGCGAUCUUGAACCAACGCUACAUAGCGCGCCGCAACGC